GGUUAACGCGCCACUCUGCUGGAACGGAGGCGGCUCAGAUGCGGGGCUGUGCGUGUCGGGGCCGGUCAGCUGUCAGUUUUGAGGAAUGUAAUUUGUUUGCAUCCUCUGUGGAUUUCAGCAUCGUGUUUAAAAUGUGGACACCAGAACUUUAUGCAGGUUCAAAUAUCCAUCCCAUUAGUGCUACAUAUAAAGUCACAACAUGACACUUACAGUGAGCUGCUUGUCUGCUGGAGUUUCUUCAGAUGAAAAAGAUCUGGAAGACCACUUGUAAGGUGUAACCUGUAUUUUGGCUUUGAAUGUAUUCAGCAGCAUUAGCGUGACUUGUUUUAAUGGAGCCAACUUACCAGCAGUGGGAAGGCAGCAGGAGUCAGGAGAGGGAGGAGAGUGCUGGACGCUGCGUGGAGCGGAGGGAGGAGUAGGAGAGGGGAAUGCAUAAUGCGUGAGUGACAGAGAGCGUGCAGGCGGCUGGCUGAGUCCAGAAGACGCGGAUGUCCAUGUCCCCGGGUCUAGGGAUGCCCUCUGCUUUUUUACUAGUUUAUUUGCUUUUAGCGUUACUCAUUCAUUUCGCAUCUGGAGAAACAGAAGUGAGGUUCAGCGGACAAACAGAAUUUGUAGUUAAUGAAACAAGCACAACUGUUAUACGUCUUGUAAUUGAGAGGACAGGGAAGCCUGCUAACAUCACAGCGAUUGUGUCGAUUGAUGGCGAAAACACAGGAGAUUUUUUUGACACAUACGCAGCUGCAUUUAUACCCGACACAGAAACAAACCGAACGGUGUAUAUAUCUGUCUGUGAUGAUGAUCUUCCAGAGGCUGACGAGACAUUCACGUUUUACUUGACGCUACUAAAACCAUCCGCAACGAUAAAGCUUGGCUCACCCAAAUCUGUCACUGUAACAAUCUUAUCAAAUGACAAUGCCUUUGGAAUAAUUUCCUUUAACAUGUCUGCCUUAAUCACAGUGAAUGAGCCCAGGGGCAGAAAUGAGUUUGUGCCUCUCACUCUAAUUAGGGAGAGAGGAACCUAUGGGACGGUCAUCGUAACUUUUGAGAUAGAAGAUGGACCAAACCCAGCCGAAGAAGACUUAAGUCCAGCUAGGGGUAAUAUUACAUUUACCCCUGGGAGAUCAAUGCUGAUUUAUAAUUUAACAGUGCUUGAUGAUGAGAUACCUGAAAAUGACGAAUUGUUCGUUGUUCAUCUGAAGAGCGUGGAAGGAGGAGCUGAAAUCAACCACACAAAAGAUUCUGUUCAGAUUAAUAUUAAGAAAAAUGACAGUCCUGUGCGUUUUGUUCAGAGUGCUUAUAUGGUGCCUGAGGAAGUUGGUGUGGUGACAAUUCAAGUGGUUCGUGGUAAGGAUGUCAGUGGAAGAUUAGUUGGACCUGAUGAACAUGAAGUCUCUGUCAGUUACGCCAUCAUAACGGGGAAUUCAACAGCACACGCGCAGCCUAACGUAGACUUCCUAGAUCUACAGCCAAAUACAACUAUUGUCUUCCCACCUCUAGUUCAUGAAACACAUCUGAAAUUUAAGAUCCUCGAUGAUGCCAUACCAGAAAUUGCUGAGACCUUUCAGAUUAUGCUUCUUAAAGACACUUUGCAGGGAGAUGCUGUUUUGGUUAAUCCAUCAGUUGUUCAUGUCACCAUCCAACCGAAUGAUAAACCCUAUGGGGUACUGUCAAUCAACAGUAUCCUGUUUGCUCAGACUGUUAUCAUUGAUGAAGACCAAAUUUCAAGGUUUGAAGAGAUCACGAUUGUACGAAAUGGUGGAACACAUGGAAAUGUUUCUGUUACCUGGGUUAUAAUCCGAAAUAGCAGUGAUCCUUCGCCUGUGACUGCAGACCUCGUUCCAGAGACUGGGGAGAUAUGUUUUGAUCAAGGACAGAUGCUGGUGACACUUCCUCUGAACAUUAUUGAUGAUGAUAUCCCAGAAGAGGCAGAGCCCUAUCUUCUGAAACUCUUAGCUCAUACAAUACAAGGAGGUGCAGAAGUCAGUGAACCAUCUGAGCUUCUGUUUUAUAUUCAGGACAGUGAUGAUGUUUAUGGCCUCAUAAGGUUUUAUCCUUUGGAGAAUCAGAAGAUUGAAAGUAAUCCAGCGGGACGCUUUUUAUCCUUGAGUUUUGCAAGGGAGAGAGGAACAGUUGGAGACGUGCAGUUGGUUUAUACUGCACUUUAUAUUCCAGCUGGAGCUCUGGAUCCUGAGAGAGCGAAAGAUGGCAUUCUAAAUAUGUCUAGAAGAAGCAUUCUCAUGUUUCCAGAAGGAAAAACGCAAGAUACUUUAAAUAUACCAAUAAGAAAUGAUGCUUUUCUUCAAAAUGGUGCUCAUUUCCUCGUACAGCUGGAAAAAGUUGAGCUGGUGAAUAGGAUUCCUCUAGUCCCACCUCUGAGUCCUAGAUUAGGCGAGAUUCGAAAUAUUUCUUUGAGGAUUACUCCAGAUAUUGCAAAUGGAGAAAUAGGCUUUACUAGCAAUCUUCCAAUUAUUAUUUCUGAGCCAGAAGAUUCCCCCUUUACAGUGGUUUACAUUGCAUUGCAUCGAGAUGGGACUGACGGUCAAGCAACUGUCUUUUGGAGCUUGAAACCCUCUGGUCUCAAUCAAAACGCAGUAACAGAUGACGACAUAAGUCCUUUUAAUGGCUCUGUGGUUUUCUUAUCUGGACAAAGUGACACUACAAUCAACAUUACUAUUAAAGCUGAUGAUAUACCUGAAAUGAAUGAAACUGUCUUAUUAACUCUGGACAGGGUCAGUGUGGAAAAUCAAAUACUGAAAUAUGGGUUUACUACUCGUGAAAUUAUUAUUUUGGAAAAUGAUGAUCCUGGAGGAGUGUUUGAAUUUUCUCCCUCUUCUAGAGGUCCCUACCGUAUCAAGGAAGGGGAGUCUGUUGAACUGCAGAUUGUCCGCAGUAGAGGAAGUCUCAUCAGGCAGUUUCUACGCUACACUGUAGAACCAAGAGACAAUAAUGAGUUUUAUGGAAGCACAGGAAUCCUGGAGUUUAAGCCUGGUGAAAGAGAGAUCAUAAUUACUCUUCUGACAAGGAUGGAUGGGAUUCCAGAGCUGGAUGAGAUAUAUUCUGUAGUACUCAGUGGCUACAGUGAAAUGCCAGGCAAGCUGGGGAGUGCCACAAGGGUCAAUAUAACCAUUCUGAAGAACGAUGAUCCACAUGGUGUCAUUCAGUUUCUACCUGAUGAACUAUCAGUUACAAUAAAGGAAAGUAAAGGAGAAAUCGUCUAUGCUGCUGCCUACAGAGUUGUAAGAAACCAAGGAAACUAUGGCAAUGUUACUGUGUCUUGGGUUGUUGACCCAGCCUGUACCAAGGACAUCUAUCCAGAAGAAGGGACUAUUUUCUUUGAUAAUCUGGAGUUUUCAAAAAACAUCACCAUUUACUCACUGCCAGAUGAGGUACCUGAAGAGAUGGAAGAGUUCAUCAUCAGUUUAUUCAAUGCUACUGGUGGAGCCAGGCUCGGCAAUAUAACCCGUGCAAUUUUAAAAAUAACAAGGAACGAUGAUCCCAUUUAUUUUGCAGAACCUCUGACAGUGAGCGUUAAAGAAGGAAGUGUUGCAAACUUUACAGUCCUAAGGAAUGGAUCUACUGACGUUGCUGUUGCUGUCCAGUAUAUUACUGUGAAUGGAGAUGCAACGGCUGAAGAGGGAGACUUUGUUCCCAGUGGAAAGAGCAGUGUCAUUUUGUUCGAUGUUGGAGAAAGAGAGCGGAAUUUGUCUGUGUAUAUUAAUGAUGACGAUACACCUGAAACUGAUGAAACGUUUUAUAUCUUUCUUUUGAAUUCUACAGGGGAUACUGUUAUCUUUAAGGCUGGAGUGGCUACAGUUAUUAUUGAAGCAAAUGAUGAUCCUAAUGGAAUUUUCUCCUUGGAACCUUUAGAGAAGCCAGUGGAAGAAGGCAAAAGUAACAAUUUUUCGGUUUUGAGACACAGAGGACACUUUGGCAAUGUCUCAGUGACCUGGCAGCUCUUUGAUAAUGACUCUGCACUGAGGCCAGGAGAAGAGUUCUAUGAAACGUAUGGGACUGUGUUCUUCAUGGACGGUGAAGGUUUAAAGCCAAUAACACUCCGUGCUAUUUCAGAUAGAAUUCCUGAAUUCAAUGAAUUUUACAUUCUGAAGUUGGUGAAUGCUUCAGGUGGGUCACCUGGUCCUGGUGGUCAGUUAUCUGAAACAAACCUUGCUGUAACUGUGAUGAUCCCGUUCAAUGAUGACCCUUUUGGAGUCUUUGUUAUAGAUCCAGAGAGCCUGGACAGAGAGAUAGUGGAAGAUGUUCUUUCUGAAGAUGAUCUUUCCUAUAUUACAGACUUCACCAUCUGGCGACAACAAGGCACCUUCGGUGUUGUCCGUUUAGGUUGGGAAAUACUGUCUAGUACAUUCCAAGCUGGACUACCAUCAAUGGUAGACUUCUUGCUGCUGGGAUCGUUUCCAAGUUCAGUACAAUCUCAGCCUCACAUGAGGCGCCAUCACAGUGGAACAGAUGCUUUGUAUUUCAGUGGAAAAGAGGAUGCAUUUGGAAUUAUUGGUCCUGAAUACGCAUAUGAUGGAAAUACUGCAGUAACCAAUUUUACAUUUUCAGCGUGGUUAAUUCCUAGUGCCAGUACUGAUGGUUAUAUAGUUGAAAAGGAUGACGGUCAUGGGACCUUGUAUUACGGCGUGAAAAUCCAGACAAAUGAUUCUCAUGUUUCUGUAGGGCUUCAUUAUACAGCAUUAGGAUCCAAUAUGACAUAUAUGGCUAAAACAGCAGUCCUGAAAUAUCUGGAUGAAAAUACUUGGCUUCACCUUCUGAUUACUCUGGAUGAAAGUAUAAUUGAAUUUUACCUGGACGGAAUUCCAGUUCUCGGAGGAAUUAAGAGCCUUAAAGGAGAAGCAAUUGCUGAUGGUCCAGGAAUAGUGAGAAUUGGAGCAGGAGUCAAUGGCAGCAGUAGGUACACAGGGCUAAUGCAGGAUGUAAGGCUUUAUGAGCGUAAAUUGACACGAGCAGAGAUCUAUGAACUCCACGCAACUCCCGCGAAGAGCGAUGUCCACCCUGUCUCUGGGUAUUUGGAGUAUUGGCAAGGAGAGACCAAUAAAUCAUUCAUUGUGUCUGCGAAGGAUGACAAAGAGGAAGAAGGAGAGGAGUUGUUCAUCCUAAAGCUCGUUUCUGUGCGUGGUGGAGCUCGAAUUUCACAAGAAAAUACCACGGCAAGAUUAAGAAUACAGAAAAGUGAUAAUGCUAACGGUUUAUUUGGCUUCACUGGAGCAUGUAUUCCUGAGACCGCUGAUGAGGGUUCCACUAUAUCCUGUGUCGUGGAGCGUACGAGGGGAGCCCUAGACUAUGUGUAUAUAAAUUACAUUAUCUCACAGGUUGAUUCCACUGGCAUUAAUUACUCUGUUACCGAUUUUUCUAACAGCAGUGGCACUAUCACAUUCCUUCCUUGGCAGAGAUCAGAGGUCUUAAAUUUGCAUGUUAUUGAUGAUGACAUUCCGGAGCUAAAUGAAUAUUUCCGUGUGACAUUAGUCUCUGCAGUGUCUGGAGAUGGAAAACUAGGUUCAACUCCUACCAGCGGUGCGAGUAUAGAUCCAGAAAAGGAAACUACUGAUAUCAGCAUCAAAGCCAGUGACCACCCAUAUGGUCUACUACAGUUCUCGGUGGGGCCACCUCCUCAGCCAGGUGACGAAAUGAUUCUGCCAGCCUCUGCUGUGCCACAUGUUACAACCAAAGAAGAAGUUGGACACAUCAGAUUACUGGUAGUGCGUGCACAAGGCCUUCUUGGAACAGUUCUGGUGGAAUAUAGAACAGUGCCGCUUACAGCUUCCAGUCCUAAAGACUAUCAGGCUGUUGUGGGCAUGCUGGAAUUUCAUCCAGGAGAAAGAUACAAGUACAUCACUGUUAACAUCACCGAUAAUUCUAUUCCUGAAUUAGAAAAAACUUUUAAAGUGGAGCUGUUGAACCCAGAGGGAGGAGUUGCUGAGCUCUUUAGAAAUGAUGGCAGUGGUAGUGGUGAUGGGAACAUGGAUUUCUUCUUUCCAACUGUCCAUCAACGUGCUAGCUUGGGAAUUGCAUCCCACAUCCUUGUGACUAUUGAAGCUUCUGAUGACGCUCACGGUGUGUUUGAGUUCAGUACUGAGUCACUCUCGGUAAACGGAACUGAGCCUGAAGAUGGAGAUAGCAGUAUUGUGCUGCAGGUUGUGAGAACGCAUGGGGCCUUAUCUCAGGUGACACUGCAUUGGAUGAUAGUCUGUGAUCCUACCAAAGACCUCAUGUCUACAGAUGGGAAUGUAACGUUUGAUGUUGGCCAAGCGAGAGCAAAUAUUACAGUACAGGUUUCUCCUGAUGAAGUUCCUGAAUUGGAUAAGGUGUUUUCGGUUUUGAUCAUCAACGUCUCCAGUGGUCGCCUUGGAAAUCAUACUAAUGCAACGUUAACUAUUUUAGCUAAUGAUGAUCCAUAUGGAGUCUUCAUGUUUUCUGAGCAAAACAGACCAAUAAAAGUUGAGGAAGAAGCAAAAAAUAUCUCCCUGACGAUAAUAAGGCGUGGUGGUCUCCUGGGUACAGUAAUGGUGACGUACAGAACUAUCGGCGAUGAUGAAAAGUCGCCGUUUCUUCCACCUGAUGUUGUUAGAGCAAUAGAGGGAAAAGAUUACUUACCCAUUACAGGUUACACGAUCUUCACAGCCAAUCAAAGUGAGGCCAUAAUAUCUUUGCCUAUUUUGGACGAUGAUGAUCCUGAGAGGUCAGAAUCUGUUUUUGUGGAGCUAAGCAGUAUUGUUUUGAUCGAGAAAGUACAGGAUCGGCCAAUUGUAAAUUCUCCUCGACUUGGAUUAGUGGGUGAGACAAUAGCUCAUGUAAUUAUAAAUGCCAAUGAUGAUGCUUUUGGAACACUUCAGCUGUCAGCUUCAACUGUGCGAGUUGCUGAAAAUUAUGUUGGACCAAUCAUUAAUGUGACCAGAACUGGGGGAUUAUUUGCAGAUGUUUCUGUGAAAUUUAAAGCUAUGCCAAUAACUGCAACAGCUGGUGAGGACUACAGUGUAGCCUCAUCAGAUGUUGUCUUACUAGAAGGAGAAACAAGUAAAGCUGUGCCAAUUUAUAUAAUUAAUGAUAUCAAUCCUGAAGUUGAGGAAUCAUUUUAUGUUCAGCUGCUGAAUCAAACAACAGGAGGAGCCUUGCUUGGAUCUUUGACUAGAGCAAUCAUAACUAUUGAGGCUUCUGAUGACCCAUUUGGAUCCUUUGUUUUUCAGAUUACUGAAUUCACUGUGGAGGAGCCCGAGUUUGGAUCAGUAACCGUAAACCUGCCAAUAAUCCGCAACGCGGGGACACUUGGUAAUGUUACUGUUCAGUGGGUUGCUACCAUUAACGGACAUCCUGCUGAUGAUGACUUGCAGGUCGCCUUGGGUAAUAUUACUUUUGCCCCUGGGGAAGCCAUUCAGAUGUUGCUGUUGGAAAUCCUGGCUGACGAUGUCCCAGAAAUAGACGAAAUUGUCCAUGUAGAAUUAACUCAGGCCUCCAAUGGUGGUGCUAUUGGGUUAGAUGGCGUGGCAAAUAUUAUAAUACCUGCCAAUGAUAAUCCUUAUGGCACAGUUUUCUUUCAUCAAUCCUUAUAUCGAAUUCAGGAGCCACUAGAAAGAAAUUUGCUUGCAAAUAUAACAGUCAGGCGAAGUGGGGGAAGGUUUGGUCAGCUGCAGAUAUUUUACAGCACUUCUGAGACUGAUGUCGUAGCUCUUGCCAUUGAGCAAGGUCAGGAUAUCCUGGCCUUCUAUGAGUCUCCUCUUCAAGGAAUUCCUGACCAACCAUCCAAGACCAGAGUGAACGUGUCGGCAGCAAGUGACCCACUGUAUGCCUGUGCAACUCAGUGCCUAAAAGAACAAGCGUGUACAGCCUUUACAUUUUCCAGUGCCUCUGAGACUCCUCUCUGCCUUUGGCUGACAUCAGAGAUCAGCCCAUUAACUAACACUGCAGGAUUCUGGUCCUACAAGAAAAACAUCACCAGUGCAUCUGCUCUUUUUAGCACACAAGCCAUCGCUGGUAGUGAUUAUGAAUCUGUUACAAGACAGUGGGCCAUAAUGCAGGAAGGGGAAGAGUUUGCAAAUCUCACAGUUACCAUACUCCCUGACAGUCUGCCAGAGUUGGAUGAGAAAUUCACUAUAUCCCUUUUAAAAGUUGAACUAUUGAACAUCUCAGCCAGCUUAAAAAACCAACCAACUAUAGGACAGCCAAAUACUUCCACAGUUAUCAUAAUGAUGAACGGUGAUGCGUUUGGAGUGUUUAAGAUCUACAGCGUAAGUCCCAAUGCGACAGAGAAAGGUCGGUAUAUUGAAGUAGAAGAACGUCCUCAGACCAAUGUGCAGCUGAUGGUGCAUAGGACAGAAGGCAGCCUGGGACAGGUGACAGUGGAAUGGCGUGUGGUUGGUGGAACUGCUACCCCAAACUUGGAUUUUGUAGGCGUUGGUGAGAUUCUGGUGUUCGCUGAAGGGGAAACAAAAAAAACGGUCAUGCUGACGAUUUUAGAUGAUCCAGAGCCAGAGGAUAAUGAAAGUAUCAUAGUCAGCCUGGUCCAUACUGAAGGCGGGAGUCGGAUUCUGCCCAGCUUUGACACUGUUACAGUGGUUAUUCUGGCAAGUGACAAUGUGGCAGGAAUUAUUAGCUUCCAGACAGCCUCAAGAUCUGUUAUUGGGCGUGAAGGAGAACAACUACAGUUCCAUGUUGUAAGAACUGCUCCAGGACUGGGAAAUGUUACUGUUGAAUGGAAGAUAGUUGGGCAUAAUGUAAAACAAAAUUUUGAAAACUAUUCUGGAAUACUCUUUUUUCCUGAGGAGACACUGAAUGCAACCCUGUACGUUCACUUGCUGGAUGACCACAUUCCUGAAGAAAAAGAAGAAUACCAGAUCAUCUUAUACAACAUCAAAACAGAAGGAGUCUCUUCUUCAGGUGCUGCUGUUUUGGAUAGUCAAGGAUAUGAAGCUGUUCUGACAGUAGAAGCUAGCGAUGAACCACAUGGAGUCUUGAAUUUUGCUUCCCCAUCCAGGGUAGUUUUAAUUCCAGAGGAAAACAAAACGGUUCAGCUUUUUAUUAACAGAGAAUUUGGAUCUCUAGGUGCUAUCAACGUUACGUAUGCCACAGUUCCAGGAUUGCUCACCUUAAGUAAUCAGACAGAAGGGGCCCUGGCUGAACCAGGAGCUGAUUAUAUAGCUGUUUCUGGCUCACUGACCUUGGAAGAAGGAGAAACAUCAGCUGCCAUCAAUGUUACUAUUCUAGAGGAUGAUGUACCAGAGGUGCAAGAAUUCUUCUUGGUUAAUUUAACUGCAGUGGAACUCAUCAUGAAUCAUUCAACUUCAUCCCCUCCUAGGCUGGAUGUGGAAGGUUUAGCUUCUCAAAUCAUUAUUGAUGCUAAUGAUGGAGUAAGCGGAGUAAUAGAAUGGGAAAGUACCAAUUUUGAAGUCAACGAAUCUCACGGGAACCUGACAAUAGUGGCAUACCGAAACAGGGGAUCGUAUGGCAAUGUCUCUGUGUUUUUUUAUGCCCAAAAUUUGGAGGCACAGCUGGGUUUGGAUUUUAGUGUGACCUCAAGGACUCUUUUUUUUGCUGAUGGAGAAAGGAAUAAAUCCGUUGUUGUUAUGAUUUUUGAUGAUGAUAUUCCUGAAGGUGAUGAGAAGUUCCAGUUAAUUCUAACAAAUCCCUCUCUGGGACUGGAAUUAGGGGAAAAUGCAACAGCCACAAUUACUAUACUUGCCAAUGAUGAUGGCCAUGGAGUUUUGUCUUUCAAUAACAGCGAUCACUUCUUCCUAAGAGAGCAAACAGCUCUCCAUUUGAUGGAAAGUGUUGCAGUAUUAAAUAUUAUUAGAGAACCUCCUCAGGGGAUAUUUGGCACCGUGACUGUUCAGUAUCUUGUAAGUGAAAUUAAUUCUUCAGAGCCAUCAGUGGAUUUGACCCCUUCUCAAGGAUAUAUUGUGCUGGAAGAGGGAGUCAGAUUCAAGACACUGCAUAUUACUGCGAUACUGGAUGAAGAACCCGAAAUGGAUGAGCACUUUAUUGUCACCCUGUUCAAUCCAACUGGAGGAGCCAGACUAGGCACAAGAGUGCAAACUAUGAUUACAGUAUUACAGAACCAGGCGCCACUAGGGCUCUUCAGCAUCUAUCCAGUUACAAAUAGGACAAAUUUCCUCAUAAUUGAAGAAGCCAACACAACGAUUUAUUUGAAAGUUUCACGGAGUAAUGGUCUCAACGUGUCUGUGAGUGUUGAGUGGGAGACGUUGUCGGAUACCGCGUUUGGCAUCAGGGGCAAUAUUGGUGUCCUGUCUGUCUUGCAAAGUUUUGUGGAAGAAUCAGCGUCUAGCUGGUGUUUCUUUACAUCAGCAGAGAUCCUGUAUGGUGUUCUGUUGCGUAUGCCUCCAGCUAUGUUUUCUACUGUCUACCAGUGGAAAGGAGUUUUUGUUCCUGUUGAGAAUUUCAGUAUGUGGAAUCCUAAGAGCUGUGUGUCUUUCCAAAUCCGUGCCUCUCCCUACCUCGUGAUUACUCACGGAGGAGCCACACAGGGAGCUUCCAACAACACUGUGUAUGCAUUCAUGCCUGGGCGCAGACUGGUGAAGAUACAGACUCUUUCUCUUCUGGAUACCAGACAUGUGAAACACUUUGCUGUAGAUGAAGAAGACUAUUUGAUUUUUGUGAGUCCCACCACCAGUUCCAGUUCCAUCCAGGUUUACCACUGGAAUAAAGACAUAUUUGUGCUGCAUCAUCAACUUCCAGUUUUCGGAGCUCUGAAUGUAGUCUUGUUUCCUAGAGGAGGUGUUAUGUACCUAUUAGUUUCUUUGUCAAACACCAGCCAGAACAUGCUCUUGUACCAGUGGUUGAAUAACGAGUUUAGGAAUCUUCAUCAAUUGCCAGAAAAAGAAAUAAAACUCAUGGAGGCCUGGAUUUCUGGAUCUGAUAUAUAUUUAAUUAUUUCAAAAGAAUCUGGAAAUUCUUCUGAAAUUUUAAUCUGGGAGACAGGGCAGUCUACCUUUAGACACUUUCAGAGUCUUCCAGUCUGCGCUGUAAGAAACAUCCAUGUUUUCAUGCCUCCUUCAGGUUUAGUUCACAUCCUCCUGUCUGGUGAGGACACAACAUCACUGUAUGCUUGGAACUCGGAAGGGAACCGGUUCUCUGUGGUGCUGGAAGCCCCAUAUGCGGAUCAUAUCACCUCAGCUACUGCAAGGUCUCUGAACUCCAGCAAGAGCUUGAUUGCUCUGUCCAUAGAGUCCAACUCACAGAUUUAUGAGCUGACCACUAUCUCCAACCAGUCAGAUUUUAUACCUAGUUCAGGUGAAUUGAUAUUUGAGCCUGGGGACAUGGAAGCUGUGAUAGCAGUCAACAUCCUGGAUGACACCAUCCCAGAGGAGGAAGAAUGCUUCAAAGUGUGGUUGAAAAACCCUAAGGGAGGUGCAGAGAUUGGUGUUCAUGGUUUUGUUAACAUCAUUAUUCCUUCCAAUGACAAUGCCUAUGGAGUCAUUGCAUUUGCUCAGAGCUCUUUAUUUAAGCAAGUUGAAGAAAUGGAACAGGACAGCUUAAUCACCUUGAAUAUUGAACGUUUAAUAGGAACGUAUGGACGAGUUACAGUAGAGUGGAUUGCUAAUGGGAGCAUAAGUGAUGUAUUUCCAGCUUCAGGAAUGUAUGAUAGAUGUGGGCAUACUGGAGUGAGUCCACCAAAGGGCCAUAAAGAUGAUGAAGGGAUUGGAGCAUCUGGCACAUGGGAAGAGGCUCAGGAAGAAUCUUACAACUGUGUAGAAAUACGUGAUAUCAAGAGUAAAGAAGGUGAAACCAGAUACUUCUCGGCUGUGUCUUGUGUCUGCAAUGGCACUGUUGGGCCACAGGCCUUGGGAACAAAAUUCCAUGUUGAUGCAAAUACGGAUGCACUGUCAGUGAAGGAGAAGUUGGUAUGUGAGCUAUUACAGGAGCCUGACCCCUACAAAUCAAUGGGCCCUGACGUUAUCUACCCGAGGGUGUUGAGAGAGCUGGCUGAUGGCAUUGUGAGGCCAUUCUCCAUCAUGUCAUGGAGAUUGAGGGAUGUCCUAGAAGACUGGAAAAAGGCUAAUAUCACCCCCACUUACAAGAAGGGCUUAAAGGAGGAUCCAGGAAAUUGGCAAAUCAAUUCAACUACUCUUACUUUACAAAUUGUCCGAGAACAAGGGUUUGUUGGAGAGAUUGUGGUUCAGCUGAGCGCUGCACCUAACCUUGAACUCCCCCUCGCCAACCAAGCAACUGAGAAUGAGGAUUAUGUACUGGAAAAGAAGACAAUCAUUAUGGCAGAGGACGCAACAAUAACUUCUGUCGUAGUCACUAUUUUACCUGACAAUGUUCCAGAAUUACAGGAAGGAUUUAUAAUCAAUAUUACUGACGUGCAACUGGUUGAUUCUCCCACUGGAGGUCACCCAAGCGUGAAGAGGCUUGGGUUAGAAAUAGCUGAAAUAACAAUUGAAGAAAAUGAUGAUGCCAGAGGCGUAUUUAGUUUCAACGUUACAAAGGGUAUAACUGGAGCUGUUAUUGCUUAUGAGGUACCACCACCACAGAAUGUACUGAAACUACCAGUUGUUCGGCAGGCUGGGAGGUUUGGGUCAGCAACUCUGUACUGGGAAGCCAUUCCUUCAACUGCUGGCUUUGAAGACUUCACACCAUCAUUUGGAAACCUUACGUUUGCAGAUGGGCAGGCUACAGGAGAAAUAGAAAUUACAAUCAUAGAUGACAGUGAAGUUGAACUCCUUGAGAUAUUCAAGAUUUCCCUGGUGAGGGUAGCAGGUGGUGGAAGACUUGGGGAGGACACCCUGGUAACUGUCGCUAUUCCACCAAAUGAUUCCCCUGUUGGAGUAUUUGGGUUUGAAGAAAAGAAUGUAACGGUGAAGGAACCUCAGGCACCUGAUGACUCUGCUGCAGUUGUGUUGCUCACUGUAACCCGAAGUCAAGGAGGACGAGGAGCAGUGACAGUCUUAUGGAUUCUUGAGGAAGCAGCCAGAUAUGAUCUGACCCCUCUGAAUGGCACCCUUCACUUCAAUGAGACUGAAUCCCAGAAGUUGAUUGUUUUACAUGCGGUACAAGAUGAUCUACUGGAGGGGAAUGAAACAUUUACCAUUCAGCUAGUCUCUACUGGUGAUGCAGAGAUAUCCCCUGUAAAUGGUGUGGCAACCAUCAUUAUUGCGGGUGAUGAAGGAGCUUCUGGGGUGAUUGGGAUAGCCCAUUCAUCCAGGAAUGUUCUGAUUGGAGAACCUUCAGGAAAUUAUAAUGGAACUGCUCUGAUUAGCCUGACACGUGGCCCAGGGAUUUUUGGUGAGAUCACAAUAUAUUGGAAUAUAACACCUCCUCAUCAUACAGAAUUUAUUGAGACAUCGGGGACCUUGACAAUGCGAGAUAGACAGUCUGCAGCAGUUGUUCUAAUACAGGCUGUAGAUGACAACCAUCCAGAGGAGAAGCGUUACUACCAGUUUCAACUAACUGGAAUCAGUCAUGGAGGACUCAUAAAUGAAUCUAGCAGCACAGCAAAUAUUACCAUGGCUGCCAGUGAUUUUCCAUACGGGGAGUUUACAUUUUCACGGGAACUAUUGCAAACAACAGAAGAAGAAAAAUGGGUUAACAUCACUGUUGUGCGUUCCAGGGGAUCCUAUGGCAAAGUGCGUCUUUGCUUUCAGAUAAUAAAUGGGACUGCAGUGGAGGGAAUUGAUUUCACUCCCACAGUAAGGGAACUGUUGUUUGAAGAACACGAGGAGAGUAAAAUGAUUUUGGUUGAAAUUCAUGAUGAUGACUUUCCUGAAGGUCCUGAAGACUUUUCAGUGAUGAUUGCAGAAGUGGAACUCCAAGGAAGUGGAUUUGAUUUUACUGUAAAAGAAAAUGGUCUACAGAUGGAUCAGCCUCCAAUAAUAGGAAAUAUCUCCACGGUACGAGUUACUAUAGCAAAAAAUGAUAAUGCAGAAGGCAUUAUAGAAUUUGAUCCACAGUAUAUCCUUCUACAGGUGGAAGAGGAUGCUGGAUUAAUCAUGAUUCCUGUUGUGAGAAGACGUGGAACUUAUGGCUAUGUUACAGCUGAUUUUCUUUCUCGAAGUAUUUCUGCACUUCCCGAUGGUGUGGACUAUGUCGUCCAUAAUAAUUCUGUCAUUUUUCAUCAUGGACAGAACCAGACUUUUAUUUAUAUUUCGAUUAUAGAUGAUGAAGAAAGUGAAUUUCAAGAGCAAUUUGAAAUCCAGCUGACAGGAGCCACUGGUGGAGCAGUCCUUGGGCUCCACCUAGUGAGCCAGGUCACUAUUGCCAAAAGUGACUCCCCCCAGGGCAUCGUCCGGUUUCUCAACCAAAGCCGAAUUAUUCUUCCCAAUCCUGAUACACUCAUGGAAGUGUCGCUGGUGCUGGAAAGGACUGGAAGAUUGUUAGGGGAGACACAGAUUAAUUGGGACAUCUUGGGACCCAAUUCAGAAGAGGCUUUAUCUCCCCUGAAUAGUGACAUUGGUGACCCUGUGAAUGGAUCAUUUUAUUUUGGAGAAGGAGAAGGAGGUCUCAGAGCUAUUAAUCUACAAAUCUAUCCUCAUGAAGAAGUUGAAGUUCAGGAGAUCUUCAUUAUUAGACUGAGCCUUGUGAAAGGUGAAACAGAAAUAGAUCCUAAGGCAAACAGCAUUGCAUUAAUAAUACAGAAGUUUGGUGAUCCCAAUGGAAUUGUACAGUUUGCUCCUGAAUCAUUAACUGAGAAAAACUAUACAGAACCCUCACCAGUGGAAGGGCCGCAAAGUAUUACACUGUUUGUCAGACGAGUUCAAGGCACUCUGGGAAACAUAACGGUUUACUGGGAAAUACACAGUGAAUCUGACAUCACAGGUGACUUUCUUAUGACAGAGGGGUCUGUUGUCAUUGCUGACCAGCAGAGCACGGCUGAGAUAACCAUCUACCUGUUACCUGAUGAUGUUCCAGAACUGGAUGAAAGCUAUGUGGUGCAGCUGGUUUCAGUAGAAGGUGGAGCAGAUUUAGAUGAAGAGAAAAGAAUUUCAAAGAUCAACGUGUUUGCAAAUGAUGAUCCUUACGGAGUGUUUGCCCUGUACUCUGAUCAGCAGUCAGUGUUCAUAGAGAGGAACCUGGAUCGGUAUGUUCAGAUUAAUGUGACUCGGCAUGCUGGGGCAUUUGGAGAAGUGGUUGUGGAGUACCAUAUCAUGUCUCAUCAUGAAGAAGUGCUAAUUGAACCUGAGAAUGAGGUGGGAUACCUCACCAUAAAAGAUGGUGCCAGCUUUGGAGUGAAAAGAGUGCCAAUAAGCAACCAGGCAUUUAUUUUACUGGGCUUGAAUUUUACUCUGGAACUGAUUAAUGUAAGCCUGGUUACUGGAAGUGCCAAGGAUGUGCCUAAAAUAUUAGGAAAAGCAAAGUCAGCUGUUCUGCUUAUUCCUGAGGAAGCUGCCAAUUCACAGGUUGGCUUUGAAUCUGUGACUUUACGACUUACAGACAUCGUAGCAGGGACAGGCCAAGCUGUCAUAACCAGACAAGGAGUUUAUGGCUCUGUAACAGUUAGCUGGAUUUCAGGAUACCCACCAGACCUAAUCACGGGCUUUGCUCAGCCAGGCAAUAUUACUCCUCCAUUUGGUAAUGUUGUAUUUUCCUCUGGUGAGCAAAGCAAAGUAAUUUCAUUUCAAGCCACUCCAAGCCUAAAUAAACACGAGUCAUUUGCCAUCACUUUAGCAGCAGUGCACAGCAAUGUGUCUGGUGGGGCUCGCCUGAGAUCAGGAUUUACAAUAGCUGAAAUUGAGCCAAUGGGGAUAUUUCAAUUUGCUUUUCACUCAAGAUCUGUUUCAGUUGAAGAAGAUGUUCAGGCAGUCACACUGCAUGUCCAAAGACUGUUUGGUUUUCAAAGUAAUCUCACUAAACUGACUUAUCAGACCGUUCCAGGAAGUGCCAAACCACUAGAGGACUUUAUACCCAUCUACAAUGGAGAGCUUAUUUUUUUACAUUUUCAGACAAACGCUGUGAUAGAAAUAGCAAUAGUUGAUGACACUGUGUCUGAAAUGGAGGAAUUUUUUUUUGUAAAUUUGACUGCUGUGGAAGUUUUGGAUGUUCAACCUCUGAAUCCUGCCAGGAGCCCACGUCUGAAUCCGGCUUUCAGUGUUGCAACAGUUAAUAUCCUGGAUAAUGACAUUCAUCAUGGAAUACUAAGUUUGGGGCCAGAGUUUGUUUAUGUUGAAGAAGAUGCCAACAGCAGUACCCCCAACACAGUGAUACUUCAUGUCAGAAGGACCAAGGGUUUCACUGGUGAUAUUGAAGUAACUGUUAAAACCUUUGGGGGUGUGAGUGCACAGAGUGGACUAGAUUCAUAUCCUUUUGGAAACGUUUAUGGAAAAUUGAAUAUCACAUGGGCAACAGAAGGAGAAGAUUUUGAGGAACAGUCAGUCUCUCUGACUUUGCUGGAUGGAGAAAGAGAAAAGCAGGUGUGCAUAAAAAUUUUUGAUGACGAUGAGCCUGAAGGACAGGAAUUGUUUUACGUUUUCCUCUCAAAUCCUGAACAUGGAGCUCAGGUUGUGGAAGGAAAGGAUGAAUAUGGAUUUUCUGCUUUUGCAACAGUAAUUAUUGCAGGAAGUGAUCUCCAGAAUGGCAUUUUGGGAUUCAUUCCAGAAGUACAAAGCGGUCUUGUACUUGAUGAAGACUCAGAAAACAGAGAAGUGCUGCUCAUUGUCGCGAGGCAACCAAACAGGGCUUUUGAAGAUGUGAAGAUCUUUUGGCGUGUGACCUUUAAUAAAACAGCUGUUGUCCUUCUGAAGGAUGGCAUGAACCUGGAGAAUGAGCUUGUAUCAGUGCUGGGAGCCACUACCUGCAUGGCAGGUCAAACUGUCUGCAACAUCUCCAUUGAAAUAAAACCUGAUAACGUACCUGAAUUUGAAACUUAUUUUUUUGUUGAGCUGUAUGCUGUAAGCGCAGGAGCUGCAUUGAACAGCAGUGCCAGAUUUGCUUUUAUAACAGUCCUUGAAAGUGAUGCUCCUCAUGGUUUAGUAUAUUUUGCGGUGGGAUCUCGUUUUGCUGUGGCUCAUAAGAAGACAACUUUAAUCAGUCUGCAAGUGCUUAGAGAUUCUAGUACAUCAGUAACCACAACAGUUAGCUACAGCAUGCAAGAGCUACAAAAACCUGAACCUAUUGGUCGAACCUUCAUAUCUCCAGCUGUGGCAGGACAAGAUUUUGCCAGAUCUGAAGGUUUAUUGACUUUUGAACCUGGGCAGAGAAACACGUUUCUGGAUGUGACCCUGACUCCAAAGACAGGAUCUUUAAACCCGUUUCCUAAACGUUUCCAGGUUGUAAUUUCUAACCCCACAGGCGGUGCCAGGGUGGACGACGUGUAUGGUAUUGCUAAUGUCACCAUUGUCUCAGAUUUGGACUCCUUGCCAGUUUGGGGGCUAAUUGAUCAACUGCAUCAGCCUCUUGAUGACACCAUUUUACACAGAGUCCUCCAGAAUCUAAAUGUCAAAGUGGCUACAGAAACUACAGAAGAGCAGCUUACUGCUGUGAUGCAUAUAAUAGAUAAGGUUACAGAUGUGGGUGAAAAGCAGUUACUCACUGAUAAAAGUAGAAGUCUUUUCUAUGAGAUACUCUGCACCCUGGCUAGCCCGAAACGGGAGGACACACGAGGAUAUAGCCUGCUGGCUGAGGUGACAGAGAAGUUCGCUUUUUCCCUGUUAACCGGGAUAAUGUGUGGAUCACCAGGAGAAAGGGGUAAAAAUAUCCUUGACAGCUGCCCGUACAUUGCAAUAAUGGCUCACAACUGGUUUCCUCAGCAAAUCAAUGGACACAGAUUUGAUGGAAAAGAUGGGGAUUCUAUUCAAGCGCCUGAACACUUACUAGAGGUCUCUGUUGUAUUAUCACCUCCUCAAGAAGAGAACUGUGAAUCUGUACAGUUCACAGAAUACAGCAGCCAGCAGUGGUUCCUUACUGGAGAUAAGGAACUUGCCCUGAAGAACAAGGUUUUUUCUAUGAGUUUGAAGGGUCGGAGUUCUCACCCUCUGAAAGAUAACAAUGAAGUAAUUUAUCGGGUUUAUGCUACAGGCAGUCGGAUUGUUCCACAAAAGUCUCUGUGUCUCCUCUGGAAUCAAGCUGCUGAAAGCUGGCUGUCUGAUAGCGGGUUCUGCAGAGUGGUGGACGACACAUCAGACUAUGUGGAAUGCUCUUGUUCUCAUAUGUCCAUUUAUGCAGUUUAUGCCCAAACCGAUAACUUGUCUUCAUACAAUGAGGCUUUUUUCUCUUCUGGAUUCAUCUGCAUUUCAGGUUUCACUUUGGCUAUUAUCUCCCACCUUUUCUGCACCAGGUGCGCAAUGUUUGCAGCUAAACUUCUCACUCACAUGAUGGUUGCUUGUUUGGGUACUCAGAUUUCAUUUCUGGCCUCUGCUUACAUGAGCCAACAUCUCUCAGAGGAAAGCUGCUCUGCCCUUGCAUCUGUUACCCAUUACCUUUACCUCUGCCAGUUCAGCUGGAUGCUCAUUCAGGCUGUUAAUUUCUGGUACGUCCUGGUGAUGAAUGAUGAACACACAGAGCGGCGCUAUCUGCUUUACUUCCUUUUGAGUUGGGGGCUUCCAGCUUUUGUUGUGAUCCUGCUUUUAAUUAUCCUGAGAGGAAUCUAUCAUCACAGCACAGCACAGAUUUAUGGCCUUGUCUACAAUGAUCUAUGCUUCAUUCCAAAUGCCUACGCUGCUCUCUUCACCGCUGCUCUGGUGCCAUUAAUGUGCUUGGUAGUGGUUUUUGUGGUGUUCAUCCAUGCCUACCAGGUGACACCACAGUGGAAAGCGUACGACGAUAUUUUCAGAGGAAGAACAAAUGCUGCAGAGAUCCCCUUGGUGUUGUACCUCUUUGCCCUGAUUUCCGUCACCUGGCUGUGGGGAGGACUGCACAUGGCUUACCGGCACCUCUGGAUGUUAGUCUUCUUCAUCAUCUUCAACAGCCUGCAGGGUCUUUAUGUCUUUGUUGUGUAUUUUAUCCUGCACAACCAACUUUGCUGUCCUGUGAAAGCAAGUUACACUGUAGACAUGAAUGGGCACACAACUCCGGGAUCGGCCUUUUUCACACAUGGCAGUGGUCUGCCGGCGGCAGGUGGAGAGAUCAGCAAGUCCACUCAGAACCUCAUCAGUGCUAUGGAAGAGGUGCCUGCAGACUGGGAGAGGGCAUCCUUGCAGCCUGGUAGUCAAGCUAGUGCUGCCUUUAAGCAGAGUCCACAAAAUGGAAAUGUCUUCCACCCUUCUGGAGGAUUUAGUACCAGCUCAUUGGUUGCUGAUGAGGAAUCACAGGAGUUUGAUGACCUAAUAUUUGCUUUAAAGACUGGUGCAGGUCUCAGCGUCAGCGAUAAUGAAUCUUGUCAUGGCAGCCAGGAUGGAGGCAGCAUGGCUAACUCCCAAAUUGUAGAGCUUAGAAGAAUACCCAUAGCAGACACUCACCUCUAACUCCACAGCUUGCUUGAGAUUUUUUUGUUCUUUUUGUGGGGUUUUUUUGUUGUUGUUUUUUGUUGUUUUGUUUUUUAAUUCAAGCCUCAGUAUUUUUAUAUUUGUACUUCCUUUUGCACUAAAACACUAUAUGAAACUGUAGUAGAAUGCUGUGAGCUUUACUGAACGUUUAACAAGGAAUGUUUGCUUGGGGUUUUGUAUAUCAGAAAAUAAACUGUAAAUUUUUUACAGUGGCUGAGCAUCAAUAGAUACCAUGGCAAUCGGCCUAGAUUUGUAUCUUGUAGCUAGAUGACAUAUUUCACAAACUGUAGCUUUUUUAAUUAACCUGUAUGUGUAACACUGAUUAAUAAAAACGAUAGAGUCCGUUUGAUACAAA